CACAAUACUUCUAUUUAUUUAAAUAUUACACUCGAACAAAGAAAGAAAUAAUAUUAGACAGCUAUUUAAAAUAAACCAGAAACUCUUCUUCUUUUUUGACGAUUUAGUUGUGACGACGAGUUCAAAUAGCACGCACGUGUUUAGUUAAUAAAUGACGUGUUUUGGAAACUUGCUUUACGCCCCUGAAAUUCCAUCUUUCAUCCAUCAACAGAGCAGUGACUCUUUUCCAUCAACAAGUCUUCGAAAUACUUGAAAUACAAAAAAAGCGAUAAGAAGAAGAGAAAAAAAAUCUUUCAUGUUAAUCUCAUUAAUUUCAGUUAAAACAG